AUGGGCAUCUCUACAUGGGCUGAUUUGGUGAACAAAUUUCUGAUUAAGUAUUUUCCCUCUUCAAAAGCUACAAAAAUCAGAGGGGAGAUUACUUCAUUUGUUCAACAAGAUGGAGAACCCUUAUAUGAGGCGUGGGAGAGGUACAAAGAGUUACUAAGGAAGUGUCCUCAUCACUGCAUACCUGAGUGGAUGCAGCUUGAAACAUUCUACAAUGGGAUGACUGCUACAACUAAAACUAUGAUUGAUGCAGCAGCUGGAGGAUCACUGAGUUCAAAGACAUUGGAGGAAGCUCAACAGAUUAUUGAAAUGAUGGCAUCCUCCAUGUAUCAACAUGUGAAUGAAAGGCAAGCUACAAGGAGAGGAAGUUAUGAUGCAAAAUCCAUAGAAGCUUUAUUUGUUCAAAAUCAGUUGCAAAACCAGCAAUUUUCUGAACAAAUUGCUACAUUAACUCAACAAAUUAGCAACAUGCAGACUGGUAGUAUGCUAACUCCACAACUGAAUUGUGAUUUUUGUGGUGGCAACCAUGCAAAUGGAGAUUGUGACCCUAAAACUGUGGAACAAGCUGACCAAAUCAGUUAUAUGAACAAUUACAAAAGGUCACAACAACCAUAUCCACCUGCACCUCAAUCACAACAACAAUACUUCCAAGGAAAUUCUUCUGCACAGUUUCAGAAAAAUCAAGGGUAUCCAAAUACAAGACCCUUGAGUGAGAAGGUGAAUCGGAUAGAAGAAACACUAUUACAAUUCAUACAAUUCAUGAAGGUGACCCAAACAAACUUCAAGAACCAAGAAGUUUCUAUGAAGAAGCUGGAAACACAAAUUGGACAGUUAGCUGAGCAAUUGUCCAGCAGAGAUGAAGGAAGAUUUUCCAGCAAUACAGUGGUCAGUCCUAAGGAACAAUGUCAAGCAAUUACCACUAGAAGUUAUGCUGUAGUUUCAAGCCCAAAAGCUGCAGAAAAGAAAGACAACACUGAAACAGCAGAAAGAAAAAUUGAGCAAGACCUGCAGCAGGAAAAUUUCAAAUUAUUGAAGAGAGAUAAUGCAGAACAGAAGGCAGAAGCUCCUACACAUUUUGAAAGGAAGACAAAGAAACAACUCUUUGAAGAUGCUUGCAAGCCUUUAGACCCAGAAAAAUACAAGAGGCUACCCUAUCCUUAA